GGCGACAGUGACGCACAUUACGUCGCUGUUUUAGAACAUUUACACUAUUACAUAGUAAUAUUUUGUCGUUUACUCGUAGUUCCAUACAUCAACAAUGGAGCGGACCCAGAUGCUGUGUCUUGUUCUGGUGGCUUUCUGUAACGUUGCCAUUGGAUCCUACCAGCCAGAAUGUCAGUCAUUGGAUGAGAUGAUAUCUCAGUUACCGUCAGAUAUUAUUGGGAAUGGUCGCAUGGCAUGUAAUAAAACACAGGAAUGUACUGGGCUGUCAUGUGACUUGGCAUUUAGUGGUGCAGAUUUGUAUUUCACUAUAGCAUUGCAUCAAUGCCGAGACCCACCAAGUAUGGACUUGAAUGUAAGAAGCUCAGAUGGAUUAAUGGACUUUCAAAGAACAGUAUCACAUGAUGAUAAGUUUGAACUGACAGGUAUUGACAAUAUUCCUGGUUUAUCCAAUAUUCUGAUGGGUAUGAAUGUUUAUAUAGUCACUGAUUUCCAGAAAGUAGAUGGAGGAUUACUUAUUGGAAUCAAAUUACAAGCGGGUUUAAGUGAGAAUAUAAUUGUAUAUGACCAGCCACUUAUUGAAGAUCAAUUGAUACCAACGCCACCAUGUACAGCAAGGCCAAACCUUGAUCCACGUUUAAAACCAGCACAAUGCAUGCAUAUGGACUACCUGCUUUCCCAGUUACCAGAUUCUAAUUUUACAUGUGUUAAGAAUGAUAACUGUAUGGGAAUCAACUGCUCCGGUAUCUUUGAUGAUAGUAUACUUGUGCAGAACUACAUAGAGAUCGACAAUUGUGAUGAUCCAGUGUCUUUGAGUAUUUUCAUAAGAAGUGAUGAAAUCAACCUAAAUUGGCAACAUAAAUUCAUAGGCAGUGAGAUUACAACAAUUCAUGAUAUUAAUUAUCAAGUUGAGUUGUUUCCAGUUGUUAUCAGACUUGACGUACAAAUGGGUUCAGUAGAUGAUGGUUACAUGCUAACUUCUUUAAAGUACAAUGGUUGUCUUGAUGUAUUUUCUCAAUUAUUAUGUACAGAGGAUAAUGAGGUUGUUAUUUUGAAUAAUGAACUUCUCCCAGUUCCUCCAUGUUAUGCUGGACCUUCAAUCACCUUGCCACCUAUUCCUGCUAAAAGUAAUCAACCACAUUUUCCAACUUACCCAAACCCAGUGCCACAUGCUGACUGUGCAGCAUUAGAUGAUAUGGUUAGACAGUUAUCAUCAGCAUCUACAGAUGGUCAUGUGGUCCAGUGUUAUAGAAAUGCUCAGUGUACUGGAAUUAAUUGUACUGCUGCAUACAUGGGCCAGGACUAUAGAUUCUAUAUCGGAUUUCAUCAUUGUCAGAAGCCAAUAGAGAUGGUGGUUGCUAUCGAGAGUUACAGUCAAGAUAUGCAUUUCUAUCAUGUGUUCACUCACGGAGAAGUUGUACCAAUAGAUGGUUUGGUUGAAAAUAACUUACAAGUUUAUUUGCAAGUAUUGAUGGUGAAAGAAGACUUGGAUGUAAUUGUCUCUAUUAAUAUGCAGUUGGGUUCCGCUACCAGCGGUGAGCCUAAAAUGAUACUUUCAGUUCCAUUGAUAGAGAACGAGGUCAUUCCCAUGCCCAGCUGUAAUGGAUCCAUUCCUAGACCAACUGCAAGACCUCCUCAUACAAGACAACCAGGUACAACCAAAUCUUAUGAUGGAAAAACUGGCAAACAAGAAGGAGGUAACAAAGAUAACAAAAUAAAUCUAACUGCUGUCAUUGUUGGCGUGGUGGUAGCGGUGGUUAUCAUCCUUGUCCUUAUUGGUGCAUUUUUCCUAACACGGCGAUUCAAAUGUAUCAAAUCGGGAGGUACAACUAUCAUCUUGGACAGCAAGACUAAUUCUACUAUAAUCUAGUUGCAUAUCAAAUCGUCGCUGGAACAAAUUUGUUUUAAGUCAGUGAACCAAAUUAUUUACAAUAAAAUUGGAGUGAUUAAUUUCAGUAAUUAGAAAAACUGUGAUUAAAAAAAAUCAAGAUUAGAAAUAAUUAAAGAAAUAUUAUAUUUUCUCUUUUAAAAGUGCACCUCCAAUAGAAGUGCACAUAAACAAAAUGUUUAGUUUCAGGAUUUAAAACAUGACAUAUUAUGACUAUGCUCUUUGUUUAAGUGUAUGCGCUACUAAUAGAGCAAAUAUGGUACAUGAUUCCUGUGUAUCACGUUUGGAAUGAUAGCAAUAAUUUGAUAGAGCACCGUUACAACUAAUAUUCUAUUUACAGAAAUGUCAUGUUAGCUGUUAAUUUACAAACCUGGGACCACAUGUUAUUGCGUUUUUAGAGACCUGUUCUUUUCAAAACAAGGACACAUGAAUUGCGGUCACUCUACUGGUGUGUGAUUAUAAUUGUUUAUGCACCAAUACUUUUCAGGUGUUAAGUGAGAACAAAACACUGAAAGAUGUAAUAUUUGAUUGACCUUUUGAUCUCAUGCGUUAUUAGAAGUGGAGGAAUUGAUUUAUAAAAAAUGUACAAAUUGAUUUAUAAAAAUAAUAUAAAAAAAAAUUUAAAAUUCUGUUUGAUCAAAUUAAUGUAGCACUACGCAACAUACAUGUAUAUUUCUACAAUUACAUGUACUAUAUAAAAACUGAAAAAACAACUUACAAUAACUCCAAGUUAUGCAAUAGACACCCCAUUUAAACCAUGACAUGUCAGUAUUUGAAAUCCCGCUUUGCUUACCAAAUAACAUGGCAAUAUGUAAACAUUUUUGUCAGUGUAACAUUUUGAUACAUUUAUCCUAAAUACUUGAAUUUUCAGUUUAAUUUUGUUCAGCUCCACUGUUGACUUUGUCUAACAGAGUUCAUCGUAUGAGGGAUUGUCUUUCGUCGUCUGUGUCAACGUUUUACGUUUUUGGUUUCUUCUUGAAAACUACAAUUCUUAUUGCUUUGAUAUUUGAUGUAUAUAUGUACUUUGGGCAGACCUCUCUUAGAUUUGUACAUUUUGUGAUGAUAUCUUUAAUUCUCGAAUUUUGAUGAAUAUUUUUGCUAUUUUUUUUGUAAAAAGUGAUAUUUUCGACUUGUUAAGAAUCACAAGUUCGAUUGCUUUGAUAUUAUACAUAUAGAUACUACAAGUAGACUUCUCUCAGAUUUGUUCAUUUUCUAAUGAUAUCUUCAGUUCUUUAAUUGAAACAUGCAUAGCUAACAGUGAGACUAUCUCACCGGGGAGGCUGCUUAAUAUUUUUCACUAAUUUUGUGGAUUUGUAUCAAUUUUCUGAUUUAAAAGUUUUUUUAUGAUGAAUGUUUUUGAAAAUUGAUCAUUAAUAAUGUGUAUAACUAUCACAUAACUAACUUGUUAAUGUUGUAUAAUUGUGGUAUCCAGGUUUGAUAAUUAUCACUAUUGUAAAUCAUAUACACAUGCAUUGUUUAACACUAUUAAUUCAUUUCAUUUCAUAU